AUGGAAGGCAUUGAGCUAUCCACCGCUGUCGCGUUCUACAGCCGACAAAUUUUCAUCCGCCGCCUGCUUCCCCUCCUGCGAGUCCGAGCAUUGGGCCAGCACGCGGCCCAGGGAUCAUCAUCGUGGUUUCGGCCGCGCGUCGUGAAUGUCCUUGCCGCUGGCGCGGAAACAGCGAACCUAUUCCUUGAUGACCUGCAGUUAAAGGAGCCCGGUCAUUUCAGUAUACCCAACUAUGCUGGACACGUUGCUGCCAUGACCUCCAUGAGCCUCAAACGCCUCGCCGAGCAGGAGGAAAAUAGAGAGAUUGCGAUCAUCCACCACCACCCCGGACUCGUGUCUACCGACAUCUUCAAGAAAAGCUGGGGUGAUCAAUGGGACAACAGUAAACAGCAUAGUGGCCCUCCCGCCCCGGCUGAUAUGCAACGCUCGACUCCUGCGGAGGCUGGGGAGCGCUCGCUUUUUGUCAUGACUAGUGCUAAGUAUGGUGGAAAUGGAGUGCCUAUUAGAGAGGGACAGGAGGUUGGACUUACUGUUCAGGGAACGAGGAUUGGAUCUCUCCUGUGUGUAGGUGACAAGCUGGAGACGUUGAACGUCGGUGGUCUUCUGGAUUCGCUUGUCGAAACUGGAGCUUCUGAUACGGUAUGGAAUCACACCAACAAGCUUAUUGGAAUGUACUUGUAA